AAAAAAACUCCGGAAAUGAAACAUCUUGUGUUUUGAUCGUGUUUGUACAUAAUAAAAAUUUUGUGUUUCUUGAUUCUAUCAGAAAAUCUAAUAAAAUUAAGGCCCGUUUUGACUUUACACUAUUACGUCAUGUCUGAAUCCUAUGAAUACUUGUUCAAAUUCCUCGUUAUUGGAAGUGCGGGUACAGGAAAAUCGAGCCUCCUUAAUAACUUCAUUGGCAACAAAUUCAAAGAAGAUAGGUGUCAUACUAUCGGAGUAGAAUUUGGAUCUAAAAUUGUGAAUAUAGGAGGUAAAUCAACCAAAUUACAAAUUUGGGAUACUGCCGGGCAAGAGAGGUUUCGUUCUGUGACACGGUCAUACUACAGAGGGGCUGCUGGCGCUCUAUUGGUAUAUGACAUCACGUCCCGAGACUCGUUCAAUGCUCUAUCAAACUGGUUGAGAGACGCGCGAACUCUCGCCAGCCCCAACAUUGUCAUAUUACUUGUUGGAAAUAAGAAGGAUUUGGAAGACUCCAGAGAAGUUACAUUUACGGAAGCUAGUCAAUUUGCUCAGGAAAACGAAUUGGUGUUUCUUGAGACCAGUGCAAAGACAGGUGAAAAUGUAGAGGAGGCUUUUUUGAAAUGCUCUAAAACUAUCUUAGCCAAGAUUGAAGCUGGCGAGUUGGAUCCUGAAAGAAUAGGUUCCGGUAUACAAUAUGGUACUGGAGCAUCCAAGCGACUGACAGCACCUAGGAGCAAACCUGCUCGGACACCUUCAGAAUGUGCCUGUCGGGUAUAAAAUUAUUAUUUAUUUUUAAGGCUAAUUUACAUUAUGUCAAGGUUGCACACAUUUUUUACUUCCUAGUGGAAAAUGUAUGGAAUGUUGCCAGAAUGAAUAUUGGCUUUAAUAAACUGUUAAGUUUGGAACAAUUUUACCUUUACUUUCUUGUAUAAUAUUAAGCAAAUAUUUAUUAGUAACAUUUUUCGAAUUUAUUUGUGUUUAAAAAAAUACAAUUUCUUAAUUAUAAUGGAAUUUGAAUUCUAAUCAUAUCUCUAAAACUAAACUUUGCAAUAAGAGUAUGAGUGUAUUAGUAAAAUACAAUAAUAUUAUUUAAUGCGACUAUACAGGACAACUUUGAACUUAAAUUAACAUUUGAAUCAUUUCAAAUCAAUCAUUCAUUACACCAUAUUUUUAAAUUUAAAGCCUUUGAAAGAAAGUUUAUAAAUAUAUAUCUAUUUAAGAAAUUUUGUAACAUGUUAAUUUUAUGCCACAUGCAAGUAGUACCUACGUAUUUUGUAAAUGUGUUGUUUUGGGAACAUGUGAUUGAAUAUUUGCCUAAAUUAAUUUCAACAUAUUUUGUGAAAAAUCAUGAUAAGGCCUUACGAUGAGUAUGAUGAUUUGAUGAACCCCCUUAUAAAAAUGUGAUGAUUUCUAUGAUUCUCAUUUAAUUAGGUUUUAUAAGGAAUUAAAUUUUAAGAUGAGAUGGGAAGAGGCUGAUACGCCAAGUAUUUUUUAUUAUCGUUAGCUUUAUGUCUUCUGUAACAGAUGUGGUUGUACACACUAAACACUUUCAGUGGCAAGGAUCUGUUAGUUGGGUUCAUUUUUUAUUGGAAAUGGGCACUUGGCAAUGUCACUAUUUCAGGAAACUAAUGUCAAAUCAGCCUCAACCUACUUAAUAAUAAAAAGUAACUAACACAUGACAUAUUAGAUCUUUCUCGUUUUCCAAUGAUUUUACUAAUUCUAUGUUUUACUUAGUAUAUGAGUCAUUAGAAAUAAUUUGUGGAGACAUAAAAAAUGGUGACAUGCUUGUUACACAAAUUAACAGGAAAGGCCGUGUAUGAUGCAUAUAGCUGUGAAUGAAGUACUAGCAUUAUCCAUAACUAAGUAUAUUAUAUUAAAAAAGUUUUUAAAUUAAUACUUUUGCUCAUACCUGUACCGUUCGACAUUUUAUAUCUUCUGACAGUGUGAAAUGGACGUGUAGGUACUCUGUAUGUGUCAAUUUAUAAUUAUAUUAUAUUUCACAUAGCUUGGGUUGAGUAAUUUUGCGUUUUAAGGUAUGAAACCUUGUACACAAGUUAUGUGCUAAACUUUAUAAUGUCGCCGGUUCGAACUCUACAUUUUUAGGGUUCCGUACCCAAAGGGUAAAAACGGGACCCUAUUACUAAGACUCGGCUGUCCGUCCGUCCGUCCGUCCGUCACCAGGCUGUAUCUCACGAACCGUGAUAGCUAGACAGUUGAAAUUUUCACAGAUGAUGUAUUUCUGUUGCCGCUAUAACAACAAAUACUAAAAACAAUAAAAUAAAGAUUUAAGUGGGGCUCCCAUACAACAAACGAGAUUUUUGACCGAAGUUAAGCAACGUCGGGCGGGGUCAGUACUUGGAUGGGUGACCGUUUUUUGCAUUAUGGUACGGAACCCUUCGUGCGCGAGUCCGACUCGCACUUUCCAGGUUUUUUAUAAACAAUGUGAAGAUCUUACGUUGACCUGCUAAUGUAAAAAGUUAAAUCAAUUAGUUGAAUUAAAAAAACAACCUUUACACUUCACCUGCAGGGGCUACAUGUCCAUUGUACACCUUUUCCAGGGGUCGCCAAAAACUAGCUUUUGAGUAGAAACGCCAAUCUCAGUAGAAAUCACCAGUUUUAGACCCUCAAAUGUGAUUUUUCGUAACAUGUCAAUCUUGUUAGUGAAAAGAAAUGAUUUAUGCAUGCGGAGAUUGGGCGACAGUGACUUUGAAUUUUUACCUGUUAUUGCAUCUCCAAAGAGCAGCAUGAGACGAGCCACGGUUUGCCGACCCCUGACUUAUUCUUGUGAUUAUAUCUGCUUAAUUAAUUCGUAUAGUCAAGAGUUGUGUCUAGUAUUCUAUUUAAGGUUGUUUAUUACCAGUUUAUUAUUGAAAUAUUUUUAAUUAAGUACCCAAUUAAAUUUAAACGCUGUAUCUGCGAAUUUUUAAUUCCGUCACAUAUGUAAAUAUAUUUAGGCAUACAACACUCAGCAUAUACAAUAUACAUGCACCUGGGCCAUUAAGAUUUUUAUUUAAAAUAUUAUAAAUCAUCUGAACUUACAUUCAUCUGAGCCUCCUCCUUUUUUGAAGUUAGCUAAAUUAAAGAAUUGAGUCUUAUUUUGUCCACCGAAAUAUAAAUUGAUUCAUUUGUUAGAUCUACAAGGUGAUACUUACAAAAAGCAAAUAAUGUAUGAACUGAUUAGUGGAUAUUACUUAUUGACAUUAUUUUGCACGGUUUUGUUAAAGUAUGGAUAAAUUAGUAAAAAAAUAAUUAAUUAACAGACGGUAAAAUAAAAAGAUUUGGUAUUGUUAACUGCACUACUUAGUUUAAAUAAGAUAAUAAAGUAUGAUAUAUGAUUGUACA